UUAAUGAAUAAGAUGCUCAAAAAAUUUCAUCAAAAAAUUCUACCGGGAACCACUCCAGGCCGGACAGAACUUCCUAAAUAAGGGCUUAUUUGACCUUUUUUUAAUUAGUACAUUGGCCUAUUUGCAGCUUUUCCCUAUACUAAAAUAAUGUGAUUACAUUAACGUCACCCCAAUUUUAGUGAUCUAAAAUAAAUCUCGUAAUCUUAAAGUCGAAAUCCAUAAGGAUUAAGGAUGUCUUAUACUUCGUAUAUUACUCCCGUACUCCGUACAUUUCUUUGGUAGCCUUGUAACUUUAACCAAAUGAAUGAAGUAAUUUAACAUUACCUUCACUUUUUAUUUACAAGAAAUUUAAUAAUGAAACUUAAAAUUGCAACCGCCAAUAAUUGGGAUUUUAAUAAAGUAAACUCCAUGCAUCGUGCCAGUGGAACCUAAAAAUCCUGAGACAAAAAAAACAACCCUGCAACCAUUUAGAAAAAAAAAAUGUAGUCCCAAAAACACAAUCUGCAACCUUGCACUUCCGAAGCUAAAACAAUCAUAGAAAACUGUUAUAUUUGUAAUCCUAAUUCUGGUUAUAUUUAUCCAUGAUGUUAAAUGCUUAGAUCGGAAGGUAAAGCAAGAUUAAGAAUAAUUUAGGUCUGGCCCGUUUCAGCCUUUAUAUUUUGGUUUGGGCCUGUUUUAGAAAAGUCCAGUCCAUUCUCUAUAUCUUUGACCCAGCUCUUUUGAUUUGCAUAUAAGACGUCUCCUUCCUUCCUUCUGGAGAUAUCUUUUGCGUCAUUUGAAACCCUAAGUCCAAAAAGGCAAGUCUGAGAGCUUGAGCGUUGAAGAGAGAGAAACCUCUGGUUUUUUCUUCUGUUCGUUCGAUUCUACUUCACUUGAGGUCAAAGCAAGCUGAGAAAGGUUGGAGAUCAAUCGUGUGGAGAAGCUGGAACGCUGGGCUGUUGGUUCGAUUCCAAGAAUCUGAUACACCUGGGUUUCUGAAGCUUUGUUCGGUAGAUGAAAAGAUAAAAGACACCCAUCAAGCUGUUAUCCUGUUAAAUUCUUUACCACCCCAGUUUGAUAAUUUCAAGGAUGUCAUUCAGUACUCUAAUGAUGAUCUCACCCCUGGUAAGAUCACUGAUGCUAUACUUGAGAAGAAUGAAUCCCUGAAAGUUUUUAAGUCUAAAUCUGAUCCCUUUAAUACUGAUAAAGCUGAGACUAAGAAUGAAGCCCUGGUUAUUAAAGGGAAACCAAAGAACAAAAAGAACAAUUCAAAGAAGAAGAAUAAAACUGAUAAAGAUAAUUCUGAUAAGAAAACCUUCAAAUGUCACUACUGUGGCAUAGAAGGACAUUUUGCAAGAGACUGUAGGAAAAAGAAAAGGGACAAACAAGGUGAUAAUAAGAAUAAUCCUAACCCUACUCCUAACACAGAAUCUGCAAAUGUUUUUCAACAUGAAUUGCUUGUUUGCUCUGGAUCUUCUUUGAAUGAUGAAUGGAUUUUAGACUCUGGGUGUACAUUACAUGCCACUCCUAACAAGACCUAUUUCUCUUCCCUGACUCAAAAUGAUGGGGGAAAGGUCAUGUUAGGAGACAAUACUGCCCUUGAUAUCAAAGGUGUUGGUAAUGUUCCGCUGAGGAUGUUUGAUGGGGUUGUAAGGGUUAUCCAAAAUGUUAGGUGGGUUCCCUUCUUAAGAAGGAAUCUUUUGUCUGAAUCUGUUUUUGAUGAUCUGGGUUGCACUAUUAAUACACAGGAUGGGUAUAAGGUUGUUUCCAGAAAUGGAAAUGACCUUAUUAAAGCUAAUAAGAGUGGGGGACUUUACUUAGUUAAUUGCUCCCCUGAACUUAAUUUAGCUGUUUCUGUUAAUAAUAGCACCACCCAGAAACAAACUGAGAUUUGGCACAACAGAUUGGGUCACAUUGGGAAUGUGGGUUUGAAUAAGCUGUUUAAAACUGGAUUUUUUGACUUUAAACCUGUAAACCUUGGUUUUUGUGAAAAUUGUACUUUUGGUAAGAAAACCAGACAUUCUUUUGAACAAUCUUCAUAUGUUGCUUCUGCUCCCUUGGAAUUGGUUCAUUCUGAUUUAUGGGGACCUUCCAAAGUGAGCACAACUGGAGGUAGGAAAUACUUUCUAUCUCUAGUUGACCACUUUUCCAGGAAGGUGUGGAUUUUCUUACUAAAAACUAAGGAUGAAACUUUUGAAAACUUCAAGAAUUGGAAAACUUUGGUUGAGUCUCAAUCCAAUUUUAAACUGAAAGCUUUGAAAACUGAUAAUGGUCUUGAGUUCUGCAAUAAUGAAUUCAAUGGUUUUUGCAAAAAUGAAGGGAUCAAAAGAUUACUUACUGUCCCUGGUACUCCUCAGCAGAAUGGCACUGCUGAAAGGAUGAACAGGACCUUGCUUGAAAAGGCAAGGUGUAUGCUCAUCAGUUCAGGACUUGGAAAUUCCUUGUGGGGUGAAGCAGUGGUUACUGCCUCAUACCUUGUUAACAGAUCCCCAUCUUCUGUGAUCAGUUUUAAAACUCCACAGGAAAUGUGGUCUGGUAUUAAACCAAACAUUUCUCAUUUAAGGCCUUUUGGGUGUGCUGCUUAUGCCCAUGUUUCUCAAGGUAAACUACAACCUAGAGCCUUGAAAUGUGUAAUGUUAGGUUAUCCUGAGGGAAUUAAAGGCUAUAAGCUACUGGUUUUACAACCAGGGGCUUAUAAGUGUAUUGUAUCCAGAGAUGUUACUUUCAAUGAAUGUGAUUUUCCUUGUAAAAGAACUGAUACUACUUCAAGUAAGUAUGCAGGUGUUUCUGAUGGAAAUUUCUUUGAAUCUUUGGAUGAUGAUGACUCUUUGUAUAAAGAGGAUCAUAGUGGAAUUCUCCACAAUGAUGCAAAUGAUUAUUCAGAGUCUGACACAGAUCAACAAGAUGACCUCAAUGGAGGUGAACAGGUAGUGGUGAGUUCAGACUCACAAGGUAGUAACUCUGGUUCUCAUACUACCUCUGUGCAUGAACUAACUGAUACUGCUGUCAAUGAUAAUGUGCAUGUUGAUAAUAAUGACACUGAUAAUCAUAGCACACCAAAUUUGGCUGACUAUCAACUGGUUAGAGAUAGAGAACCUAGAACUAUUAUUCCUAAUAAAAGAUAUUUCUCUAAUCUUGCUGAAUUUGUGAUGAUUGCUGCUGAAGUAGUUAAACAGUUAGCUCCUGAUAACUUUGAACAAGCUAUGAUGUGCCCUAAGUCUAAUGAGUGGAUGAAAGCCAUGCAGGAAGAACUUCAGUCCAUGUACUUUAAUAGGACCUGGACUUUAGUUCCUAAACCUAAAAAUGCUAAAGUAAUUGACUGUAGGUGGAUUUUUAGGUUAAAAGAUAGUCUUGAUCCUACAGAACCUCCUAAGUUUAAAGCCAGGCUUGUAGCUAAAGGUUUUAGACAAAAGGAAGGUAUUGACUACCAAGAUAUCUUUGCACCUGUUAUAAAAUUCAAAACUUUGAGAUUAAUGUUGGCUAUAACCACUGUUUUUGACUGGGAGUUGGAGCAAAUGGAUGUUAAAACUGCUUUUUUGCAUGGAGACUUAAAAGAAACCAUUUUCAUGUCUCAACCUCCUGGUUUUAUCAACAAAGAGUUUCCUGAACAUGUUUGUCUUCUUAAAAAAUCAAUCUAUGGACUUAAACAGUCUCCCAGACAAUGGAAUUUGAAGUUUGAUUCCUGCAUGAGUGAACUUGGUUUUUUAAGGAGUAAAUAUGAUACUUGUCUGUAUUAUAAACAUGUUGGAACUGAAAAUGUUGUUUAUAUCCUGCUGUAUGUUGAUGAUAUUCUCUUAAUUGGUCCAUGUAAAAUGUUGAUUGUUAGUGUUAAGGAUGAUCUGAAAUUGCAUUUUGACAUGAAGGACAUUGGUUCUGCCAAGAGGAUUUUGGGAAUAGAUAUCACUAGGGAUAGAUCUAAUAGAAGCAUGUUCUUAUCUCAGGGUGAUUACUUGAAUAAAAUCUUGGAUAGGUUUAAUAUGAAUAACUCUAAAUCAACCCCCUUACCCUUAGGAGGGCAUUUAGAACUCUCUAGAGAUCCUUGUCCUAUGACUUUAGAAGAAUCUGAGAAAAUGGCUAAGAUCCCCUAUGAUGUUGCUUCUGGUUCUCUUAUGUAUGCCAUGCUUUGUACUAGACCUGAUCUCGCUUUUGCUGUUAGUAUACUUAGCAGGUUUAUGUCUGAUCCUAGGAUCAAACAUUGGACUGCUAUGAAAUAUACUCUAAGAUAUUUGUCUGGUACUAAAAACCUUGGUCUGAAAUACUUUAAUGCUGAUUUGUGUGAUCUGAAAGGUUUUGUUGAUUCUGAUUAUGCUGGGUGUAAAGACUCAAGAAAAUCAACCACUUCUUGGUUCUUUACUUGGGCUGGUAACUGUAUAUCUUGGAAAUCUCAAUUGCAAUCUGUAGUAGCUCUGUCUACUACAGAGGCUGAAUAUAUUGCAGCCACUGAGGCUAUCAAAGAAGCAAAAUGGUUAAAAGGUAUUCUGGGUGAGGUAUUGGGGACAAGCAUUGUUCCUACCGUCUUCUCUGAUAGUCAAAGUGCUAUAUAUUUGUGCAAAGACCCUAUGUAUCAUGAAAAAACUAAACACAUAGAUGUUAGAUUUCAUUACAUUAGGGAUGAGAUUUCUAAAGGCAACAUAAAAAUUGAUAAGAUUACUGGAGAUGUUAAUCCUGCUGAUUUUGGUACUAAAAUUGUUCCUGUUGCUAAGUUUUUGUUUUGCAGGCAGUUCUUCAAAGUCUUUGAAGUACCUUGAACAUGAGGGUACUUGUUGGGUUAAUGAUGAAAGGGUAUAAUCUGGUCUCUUGAAUCCUGAUACUAGCAAUGAUGAUAAAAGCUCUAAUGAGCUGUGCUGCACCAGAAUUGGUCUUAGGAGGGCAAAUUGUUAUAUUUGUAAUCCUAAUUCUGGUUAUAUUUAUCCAUGAUGUUAAAUGCUUAGAUCGGAAGGUAAAGCAAGAUUAAGAAUAAUUUAGGUCUGGCCCGUUUCAGCCUUUAUAUUUUGGUUUGGGCCUGUUUUAGAAAAGUCCAGUCCAUUCUCUAUAUCUUUGACCCAGCUCUUUUGAUUUGCAUAUAAGACGUCUCCUUCCUUCCUUCUGGAGAUAUCUUUUGCGUCAUUUGAAACCCUAAGUCCAAAAAGGCAAGUCUGAGAGCUUGAGCGUUGAAGAGAGAGAAACCUCUGGUUUUUUCUUCUGUUCGUUCGAUUCUACUUCACUUGAGGUCAAAGCAAGCUGAGAAAGGUUGGAGAUCAAUCGUGUGGAGAAGCUGGAACGCUGGGCUGUUGGUUCGAUUCCAAGAAUCUGAUACACCUGGGUUUCUGAAGCUUUGUUCGGUUAUUUCUAUUCCUUUUACUAUUUUAGUUGUAUUGCUUGAGUUUUGGCUGAUUCUUGUGUGUUGGAUCUUAUUGAUUUCUGGUCUUGCUUUGCAACCAUCUUUGUAUUCAAACUUUUCUGAGCUAGUGGAUUCUUGGGACCGGGUUUCCCCUGUUGAAACCCCGCAGAGUAGGAUUUAUCCGAACUGCGUCAACAUAUCGUGUGUUCAUUUCUUUAUUUUCUGUAUUAGUUGAAUAAGAGUUGUGAAUCCGAUAUUUUGGCUGUGACUAUCAAUAUAGUCUGUG